AUGGGUGUUGAGAAUAGCUUAAGUAGUAUUAUUAAUGAAUAUGAGGCUGAUGCCCUUGGCGUUGUGCACUUUAAAUUGAUUCGUGAAAAAGAAGACCUUGAUUCUGAUGAAUCAUUUAAUCCAGACAUGACUCACCAAGUGUUUGGUGAAAGCGAAACCAUUUUUGGGUAUAAGGAUCUUGACGUUACAAUUGCUUACAUGGCUGGUAGCUUGUCUACUUUCAUCGACAUCCGAUAUUCUGAGAAAAUACCUCGAAGUUUAUCUAACGGAGCUGAGCCUGAUGAUAUUUACAAGAUAUUAAAGAAAUUUUACACUCAAGAGCUCAUCACUUCAAAGGCACGCUUUCUAGAAACAUUUCAAGAAGAAUUGAUGUUUAAGCCGUUCGGUCAGCUAAAAUCUGGUUACACAAUCAAAAGCGAUGGAAAAUCACGAGAAUUUGUAGUGCACUUUGUUGAUUACGCUUCGCCUGACUUCGAGGCAUUUUCUUCCUACCUGACACGCAUGGAGCCUUUCGUUCUGUUCUUCGUUGAUGGAUCAAGUUUCAUUGAUUUGGACGAUCGGUGGAAUUUUUACGUCCUGUAA